GUUUGUGGCGGCUUGCGGGAAGCGGGUCUCCCUGGGGGCAUUGCGGAACGUGGCAAGGCACAUGGAGCCUCCCAAGAAGAUAGCUCGCCUCACGCUGGCUUCUGAGUCUGGCCGCAUCGCCGUUGUGGAGCCGGAGCGGUAUGAAGAGCAACUGGAUGAAAAGAUUGCAUCUGUCAAUCGCCUAUUUUCCAGCUUCAAGCUUCCCCGCAUUGAGGUGUUCCGAUCAAAGCCAUCCCACUACCGAAUGAGGGCUGAAUUUCGAGUCUGGCAUGAUGGUGAAGAAGUAUACUACACAGUGUUCCAAAAGGAUGACAGCAAUGACAAGAGACAGCGUCCCAAGGCAGUCAGGAUAGACUCCUUUCCGGCAGGAUCAGAACUCAUGAACGAGUUGAUGGCCGCAUUGAUGCGAGAGGUGGUAAAACAAGAAGAGCUUCGCCACAAGUUGCACCAAGUCAAUUUUCACACCACCCUCAAAGGAGAAGCUAUGGUCACAAUGAUAUAUCACAAGAAACUGCAGGACACAUGGAUCAAAACCGCAAAGGAGGCUGCUGAAAUCUUGGGCAAGGUGGCAAGUUGCUCAACUGGCUUUGUUCACAUUAUCGGUCGUAGUCGCAAGCAGAAGAUCUGUUUGAAUCAAGACUUUGUUGUUGAAGAGUUGCAAGUCAACAACAAAAGGUACUUAUAUCGGCAGGUCGAAGGAUCUUUUUCACAGCCAAAUGCUUCUGUGGCCCAGCACAUGGUAGCAUGGAGCCAGACUGUCACAUCUCCUGCAUGUGAUGGCCAAGGUGGUGCACCAGUCCAGCCUACUGAAGAUCUUAUUGAGUUGUACUGUGGGAAUGCUAACUUCACGAUUCCCUUGUCAGAGAACUUCAAAACAGUGGUGGCGACAGAGGUGUCAAAGGCAUCAGUGGCUGCUGCAAGAGAGAACAUCAAGGCCAAUGGUGUGACCAACAUCUUGCUGGGCAGAAUGAGCAGUGAGGAGUUUGUGGAAGCUUGGAAACAACAGAGGCCGAUGAGGCGUUUGCCUGAGCUGCAGUGGACGGACUUGAAGCUCACCACGCUUCUUGUUGAUCCACCAAGGGCAGGGCUGGAUAAAGACACCGAAAAGCUGCUUCACGAGUUUGAUAGCAUCGUUUACAUAUCCUGCAAUCCAGCAACCCUGAGGGACAAUUUGGAGACAGUGAAAGAGACACACGACAUUUCCAGGUUUGCAGUUUUUGACCAAUUUCCAUACACGUCCCACCUGGAGUGCGGAGCAUACUUGAAGAGGAGGGCUUGCGAGCAUGCUCCUCAGGAAGCAAAGAGCCCAGCGGGGAAUCCCAGCAGUGUUUGA